AUGAUAACAUCUUUUUCAUUUUUAGCUAAUGGAAUCCUAUUCUCUUCACUCACUCUCUCUCUAAAAAAAGUUUAUAAAUUAUUUUCCCUUCUUUUUUAUAUAUAUACCCUUUUCUCUAUUAUUACAAAUUUAUUAUUAUUCUUCAUCUUAAUUCUCCUCUUUUAUUUUUGUAAAAUUUGAGUAAAAAUGAAUGAUUGGGCUGGUCCUCUGAUAGCAGCUGCACUUUUUGCAUUUUUAUCACCAGGUUUGGUGUUUCAAAUUCCAGGAAAAGAAAGGCCUUUUGAUUUCAUGAACAUGAAGACUAGUAUUGCUUCCAUUUUUGUUCACUUGGUUAUUUAUGGUUUGUUUCUUAUUUUGUUUUUUGUUGUUCUUCAUGUUCAUCUCUAUGUCUAGCUAAUUAAAUUUAAAUCUUUUUUUAUGCUCUAAUCUAUGUAAUUAUUAGUAUGGAUUAUUGUGGUUCAGUUUGUUCUUCUC